CCGCGGUAGACUUCGCAAUCCAGAUGUAUCUCACCAUCCUCAGGCCGAAGCUUGAAGAAUUAUCGGCCAUCCCAUUCGAUGCCGUGCUACCGACUCUCUUCCGUGCAUUGGCCCACUAUGCGUCGCCUCUUCCGACGUUGUCGUCAGCUGCAAGUCAGCGUCAGCCGCCUUCCACUCUGGAGCGCAGGAUAACGGAAAUUUUGGACGCCAUGUUCUCCGGUAGACAUUAUUUUGCGUUCUUCCAAGCGCUCAAGCAACAGUUGCAUCCACCAUCAGACCCGAAUGCAGAUAUACAUGAGGCUAUUCAGAUCUCCCUGGGUGCAUUCAGGACCGUACGGGUCCACGUACGUCAACACUUGUUGAACCGUCUGACCCGCUCCUACCAGUUGCAGGGAGCGGGAUACUAUUCUGAUGGUUUGGAGCCGGCUUUAUCUGCCCCGAUCGAAGAAGAAUCCCCGUUCACAUGGGAUCCUGAGAAAUGGAGUGGUGUGCUCUGCUCCGCGACCGAGGCAUGGAUCAACUCCGGAAUUGAUGUGCGCGAGUUGGACCCCAUUCUGGACGAAGUAGCUGGGAUCGUCAAAGACGCAUUCUCGGAGCACGAGCAGAGACAGGACGAUGAAGCGCUUGAUGAGGAGGAAUCCAGGACGUUGGCAAUGCUCCUGCAGAGCCUUGUUCUCGCUGUACCUCGAAUGCGGCUAGAAGAAGCUUCUCCAGUUACGCUUCCUCUUGCACAACCAAGGCUUGCACCGACGGCAUUCCUCCGCACGCUGUGCUCGAUUCUAGCCUGUGAUCCGGCUACUAUCACGCUGAAUCCCCCGCUUUUCGUGAUCAUGUUGUCCAUCGCCGAACAUCUUUCGGACGAGGAUACAUCCAAGCUGCCGUCGCUCAUGCUUGCGAAUCAAAUGUUGUCACCCACCUCCAUCGACUGGCUCGAGAACUGGGGUAUGCUCUUAAGCAAGUCCACUCUGUAUGGCUCAGAUCGUUCGUUGACACGGGCGGAGGUGAUGAAGACGCUCCAUGCGGUAUAUGCAGCGGUGAAAGAUAUCUCGAUCUACAGGCGGCCUCUGGCGGACGUCAUUCUUCAAUUCUGGACCGAGUACCUGCAUCGUGAGGACGCCAGCGACGAUGACGGUGGCAUGGUCUGGUGUAUAAUGGCAGACGUCGUUGUACGCAGGACUGUAGAGAAAUCGGAGGCAGAUGAAGAAGCGGAAUCGCUUCCCGACGGCGAGGAAUUCUUGCAGGUUAUCGUUGCCUUCGCGUCCGAGCCCGGAAGGCCUCCUGCUGAAGUCUUUCCAACCACCUUGCCCACCAGCGUGUCGAGCCCGAUCCCGACCCGCUCACCAAGUGAAUAUCAACCAGCGCAGUCAAUGGCGCUGGUUAUGUCUCGCAUCUCGUCGUUCGUUAAUCCCCCCAACGUCCCGCCCUCUGCCGCACCCUCACAGUCGGUCGACGAACCGCUGACGCCGCCCACGCCUCCGCCAAUUUUACCUCGAUCAGUUCUGGCUGUGGCGGCCUUGGUGUCCGUUUUCAGUCAGCUGGCCUUCACCCCACACGUUCUCUCGGAUCAAAACCUGAAGAUGGCCGUCAGGGUUUACAAUAUCCUCUUGGACGUCCUGAAGAACGGAACUGGAUGCUCUUCGGCGAGGAUCGCCGUCCUGCAGUUCUUGAUGCGGCUUCGCGCGGAUCGUGAUCACCGCUUAUACUACGUGAAGCGCCGUUAUGACAAGGAUGGUCACAUCCGGACUCUCGCCGGCUUCAUUGGGCGCACAGCGCGCACACCGUCAGAAAUUGCCGAAGUGACAACUUCAACGUCAAAGGACGAAGCGGAUAGCCGUCCAGCGCGUGCUCGCGUGGCGAACAGGGAAGACCGAAGGGCUUCGCGUGGGCGUGGGACGCAACCAAGUUCGGUCUCAACAGGCAGUCGUAGUCGCUCUAGAGCAUCUACGCAUCCGCUGCCUGCACCAAGGUUGCCUCCGAAGCCCAGAGAACCCCUUUGGAUGUAUCCGGAGUCACCCCCGUUCUCGAUCACGGAUAUGGACACGGCGAGCGAGAAGCUCAGUGCCUACGAUCCGGACGGUCCAGAAAUGCGGGCACUGCUCCCGACGUCCAAGUACCUCUCAGUCUUGUUGACCAUUAUCGAAAACGAGAAGGACUGGGAGAUACUGUCGUACGUUCUCUGCCACUUUCCGGUCCAGCUCGGCAACAAGCAUCUGUUCUGCGGUCCAAGAUCUCGCGGCGUUAUAUCCGAUAUCCUCAACGCGCUGUGCAGGGGCCUCUCGCAACGAACUCUUGGAACAGCGGUGGAGUCCUGGCCACCUGGCCUCAAGGCUGGAGACGCCCAGGGGCUCGCAUACCACACGUUAUCCAUCCUGAUCUCGUACCGGCGAUGUUUCACCAUAAAGCAACAACAUAUGCUGGUCGAAGUCCUGCAGGAAGGACUGACAGUCACAGGCCAGAUGGCGACCAUCAAGUGUUGCCUUCACGCCCUAUCCCUGGCAGCCUUCGAGUUUACGUCAAGUAUGACAAGAUACCUCACGCAAAUAUUCGAAAAAUUAUCUCAAAUCAUGUCUAAUCCCGAGAUGGCCGUUCAUAUCAUCAAUUUCCUAUCCAUUGUAGGCUCCCUCCCCAAAUUGCACGCUAAUCUAACCCAGGACGAUUUCCGCCUCGUUUUCGGAGUGGCGCUACAGUAUCUCCAGACUCAUAACCCGAAGGCCGACACUGCCCUUACGAUCUCUUGGGCCCUAGCCCAGCAUUUACGGAUCAUGUCAUAUUAUCUUGUUUACCUCUGGUUCCUGAACGUCAGCCUGCCAGACAGGCCACACCACAUUCGUUUCAUUACGCGCCAGCUUCUUCUCGCAAACGAAGGCAACACGGAGAUUGAUCCAUCCACCGAGGUCGCCUUUGAUUGGCUUGCUCGUUAUACAUACGCGAGCGCUGAUCCCCGCCCAGCAAGUUCCGUGCUCGACGACAUUGUCAUGAAACCCGAGAGGACAGGAGAGCGCAGUUUACCCGAGAAGUCGUGGUUACUCGGUUACACCAUCAUCACCAUUCGAGCAUUGCCCAGAAGGGGUUGGAUCGCGGUGGAGGCUCGUCGUCCUUCAGGCUUUACCAAGUUCCUCUGCAGGACGGCGAACGUGCCGAUGGUUGGACCCGGGGACGUUGAUCCGGAUAUGAUUUCUCUGCCGGCAGCCUUCAUGGCGAACAGAGAUCUCCGUCCUCCUGCCGCACCUGGUCAGGAGGAAACAGGCGAUUCAAUGCCUCAUGAAGUCGCUCCCGUGCUCCGUGGAUCAAAUGAAGACGACAAUGAUCCAACGCCGCCGCCUCCUGAUUCCGUGACAGGAUACGUCUGGAGGGGUAGUGCUCCCUCCCAGCGUAGAAAAGACGUUGCCAUCGAUCCCUCGUUCUUCCCUCUACAGCUAUCCCCAUAUCCUGCCAUAAACGGCGUUCACCGAGGCACCAUCGUCCGGGAUGAGGUUGCAUUAGGGCGGCUUGUGCGCACGUUGGAACGCAUGCCCGUCAUUGACACGCACAAAGUAGGCAUCAUGUACGUCGCGCCAGGCCAGACGCACGAAACGGAGAUACUGCGCAACACACAUGGCUCUCCUGCGUACACCCGUUUCCUGGAAGGCUUAGGGCGGCUGAUCAACCUGCGAGGCCAAAUGGACGUAUACGCCGGGAACCUAGACCCGGACCGCCAUGGUGAAUAUGCCUACGCCUGGUGGGACGACAUUGGGCAAAUUCUGUUCCAUACCGCUACGCUCAUGCCGACACACCUUGACGACCCUGAUUGCAACGAGAAGAAAGCCCACAUUGGCAACGACAACAUCCGCAUCGUCUGGAACGAUUCAGGCAUGGAGUACAAGUUCGACACGCUCGCAACCCAGUUCCAGUUCGUGAACAUUGUAAUCGAACCGCACUCUUGGGGCCCUAUCGCUGCAUACUCUAACAAUUUGCACGAGAUGGAGUACUUCAAGCUGAAGGUCCAACGAGCGGACGGCAUGCCGGAAUUUUCGCCUGUCGGGGACUUCAAGCUGAUCUCGGCCGACAGCCUUCCCCUGAUGGUUCGGCAGAUCUGCCUACUAGGGGACUGGUUUGCCUCUGUUUUCAAGGACACAAACUUCGAUAAAGAUCGGGUGGAGGUGCAGACGAAUUGGAGGUCUCGUCUCGAUGCUAUCAAAAGGUUCAGAAACCAAUUACCGGAUCCAACUCCACCAGAGCCGGAAGUGGAACCUCAGGAAGGAUUGCUACGGGAAGAAAUGUACCGGGACUUCUCUGCGUUUUACUGAUAGGAUAAAUGUAUAAGUAACACUGUAAAACAAUCGUGUAUCUCAC